CAUCGGAUGCAACGAUGUGAAUCGUCUAGUGUUAUUUGUGCAUUUUAAUAAGUGUCUCCAUUAACUAAGUGAUUGUUUUUUAAUCUAACCGUAUAGUGACCUACAUGGUAGGGGUUGACACCAUGGAGAAUAGCGCCACACCCGCCCGGGGCGAGCUGUUUAGCUUGCCGGCGGGUCCGGCUUCUUUGUGCUUCGACAAGAACGAAUUCAUGAAGAAAACGUUCUCCGUCGACGAGUUCCUGCACGAAAACCGUAACGCUGGCAGUUUGGAAAUCAUACGCGAUGAUCUGGGCAUGUAUCUGAAGGUGCUCCGUUCGGCCAUGAUCGAGCUGAUCAACCAGGACUAUGCCGACUUCGUGGACCUGUCGGCUAACCUGAUCGGGUUGGAUCAGCAGAUCGCUGCCAUCGGUGGCCCGCUGGAGAAGCUGCGUGACGAAGUCGGCCAGGUGAAGGGCGCCCUUGAGGCCAGCAUGACCGAGAUCGAGCGCUGUCUCGAGCAGAAAAAGAUGCUCCGGGCGCACAAAAAAUCUCUUCAAAGCUUGGGGCGUGUGCAGGGUUCGCUGGAAAAGCUGGAAAGUAUGCUGCUCGGCGAGAAGAAAGACCUACCGAUCGAUGCCAUCCUGUUGGAGCGGGCAGCCUUGGAAUCGAUACAGUUGCAGUUCAAUAUCGAAUUCUGUCGCCAGUUCCUCGACGAGGAUAAGCAACGGCUGGCGGUGGAUCUGUGGAGUGAACUGUUGGGUCGGUUGAAGAGUUAUUUUCUUCGGGCGCUUGAUGAAAGGGACUCCAAAGAGCUUGAAAGGUGCCUUCGCAUUUACUGCACGCUCGACGAAUGCCGUACGGCCGAGGAAGUGUUCCGGCGGGAGAUCGUUGCACCGUACAUGAACCGUGUCAUCUCGGAAACUAGCCUCCAAAAUGCGCCCCAGGGCUUGACGGGAAUCUACAAUCAAAUACUGGAUUUCGUGUCGAUGCGCAUGAAGCAACUUUGCCAGCUUACCAAGCGCAACGGCAAGGUAAAGGGCUACAGUUUCAUCGUGAACAGCUUCUGGACCGAGGUCGAGCGACGCAUGGAGACAAACAUGUCGUCCAUCUUCGCACCGGGCAAUCCGGAUGCGUUUUAUCAGAAGUACAAGUGUACGCUCGAGUUUCUCGAGCGCAUCGAGCAGAUCAUCGACGAUCCGGACGAUGUGGCCCAGUUCAAGGCGCACGCACAGUACCGUAGCUUUCAGGUGCGCUGGAACUUACCGGUUUACUUCCAGAUACGGUUCCAAGAGAUCGGCGCUAGCAUUGAGGCGAGCUGUACAACCGAAUCGUCCGCCGCGCCGCAGCUUACCCAAACCAUCUCCGCGUCGCAGUUUAACGUGGCGCAGUUUUCCGCCGCCCUUACGGCCAUCUCGAAGUGUUGGCAGGAAGGCAUCUUUCUACCGCAACUGUUUCACCGUUUUCUUAAGCUCACGCUUCAGAUACUUGCCCGGCUGACGGUUUGGUGUGAAAGUGCCUCCCGUCCAAGCGGACAGAAACACGACGGAACACCCAGCUCCCCGGAGGAACAGGCGACUCGCGUACGUUUUCUCGUGGCGCUUUACUCCGACCUGGGCAACAUUCUGCUGAAAAUACCCUCCAUCGUGAGCCUCGUGGCGGCAAAGAGUCCUCCGGGCGUUGACCAAAGCGAACUAGAGAAAGUGGUCGAGGAGAGUGGAAACGGCUUUCGUGAGAAGCGAUCACAGUUGCAGCGGGUUAUCGUACAGGAGCUCAUUGCGAGCAGUUUGCCACAGCUGCGGCAGGUCAGUGACAUCCCACGGUUGUAUCGGAAGACGAACCGUGAGCUUCCGAGCCGCUGCUGUCCGUACGUGGAGCAAGUGCUUGCACCAACGGACACAUUCCGCAAGACCUACGGCACGACGAUUGGAGAGGAUGCGAUGCGCGAGUUCCUCACGGGCGUCUACAGUCACGUCACAGUGCAAUACUACCAGGUGAUCGACGAGGUGCUAACCUCGGUACAGAAAACGGAAGAGUCACUUCGACGCUUGAAGAACCUUCGGGAUCGGUCGGCUACUGGCGCCUCGGCUGUGACCGCUGCGGCCUCCGAUCGGACAGCCCCUUCCGAUGAUGACAAAAUUCGGCUACAAUUGCAAGCGGAUGUUAUGCACUUCGUGCGGUACGUGGAGGAACAGGCGACCAUUCCAAGGGAUCGGGUCGAUCGAUUACCCCAGCUGGUACAACUUGUCGACGAUGCCAUCAAGGGACCCCGAACCGUUGGUGGUGGAUCGAAUCAGUGAAUGGAAGAAAAUUGAUGAGUAUUUCCGAACGAUUGCCUUGUUCCCUAUUCACCGUUUCUCCCGAACUGUAUGAAAAUCUGUAUUUUCUCCUUUCGGCGCGAUAUAGUCAAAAUAAAUUGUUAAACAAGAUACAAAAAAUGCU